AUUCACUGCCCUUCCACACUCCCAUAGUCUCAUCCAACCAAAAGGAAUCCCACCUCAGGCUCAACUGUUCUUCCCCUUCUUCCUCUAUAUUUUCAACUCCUUCCAUUACCACAAUCUCAAUCUUUAUACCAUAGGAAAACGAAUCCUCUUUCAAAAUCUGCUUCCUUUCUCACUAAUUUUUUUUUAUAAUCUUUCUGUUCAUCUUUUUAUAAUCGGUUUCUGGCUUCACGUCGGCGAGUUUUGGCUGUGAUGGGUGUGAGCACCAGGUGUUCCCAUACCUCCCAUAUCACCGAGAUCAUCAUCACCAGCUUUUUCCGCCACAAGAUUUAAACAAAACCCUUCUACAGAAUUCGAUAAUAUCAAGUUUUUUAUUAACCCAAGAUUAAAAGAAAAUCGGACCUGCUAUCUGAUUUUGAAAUCCCACAAAAAUUUAUGGUUGAUUGAGUGGUAAUUCCUAAGUUCUAGUGGGUGUUCUUUUGGUGUUGAAGCCAUGGCCGCUCGAAGCUAUCUCUACGGUGGUGCUUCCGGUGGUGAAGCUGAAAGUGGUGGCUCUGUUCUGCUGACAAACAAAAGGGUUCAUUGUUCUUCUUCUCUUAACCCUGUUGAUUCCUUCUUCGCCUCCCGAUCGUCUCCUUUCCAGGGUUCUCGAUCAAUGGUUAGCUUUGAAGAUAGAGGGAAUGGAUCCGGUGGGCAAUUUUUUCAGUCAUUUGAUCAUGAAGACAAUGGAGAUGAUGAAUACGAUGAAUACUUUCAGCAGCCUGAGAAGAAAAGACGGCUCACGGUUGACCAAGUACGGUUCUUGGAGAAAAGUUUUGAAUUAGAUAACAAACUGGAGCCAGACCGAAAGAUUCAGCUAGCCAAAGAACUCGGUUUGCAGCCCAGGCAGGUUGCCAUCUGGUUUCAAAACCGACGUGCACGUUGGAAGACUAAACAACUAGAGAAAGACUACGAUGAUUUGCAGGAAAGCUACAAUAAACUCAAAGCCAACUAUGAGAAUCUUCUUAAAGAGAAGGAAAAACUAAAAUCCAAGGUCGGUGAAUUAAGUGAUAAGCUGAUGAUUCAAGAGAAAGGAACCUCGGAUGCAUCGAGUACUAAAAGCCCGUGUGAGCCACAACUGUGUGAACUGGUACUUGAGGAAGAUUUAUCGAAGAACCUGAACCUGACGUGCGGGCCCGAAGGAGAUUUAAACGUGGUGUUUGAAAGAGGCGAUUCAUCUUAUGUAUUUGAACAAGAACAAAGUGACGGGUCGUUGGAUGAAGAAAAUGAUAACUUUGGGAAGAUGUUUCUACCAUCAAUGGACGGUUACACAUCGCCAAAGAUCGAGAAUGUGGACCCACAUGCGGUGAACUCUUAUUAUCUUGGGCUUGCCGGAGAUGAUCAAGCAUUUGGUUUUUGGUCUUACUGAAUCAACUCAGUGGGGGCAUAAUUCGGUUGUUAUUGAGGUUCCAGUAACUCUGGAAGGGAAAUAAUCGCCCGAAUCGAGGAGAAUUGGUGUUGGUUUGUUUUUGUCUGUUGUCUUCUAUAUUUUUAAAGUUUGUGUUGUCUGGUUUUACCUUUUAUAAAUAAGUGCCAGAUGUUUUUGCAUUUUCAUUGUAAGUAAAUUGCUUCGUACUAAUAUUAUUUGUAAAAAGAUGUUACUAUAGUCAACUUUUUUGGAAAACGGUAUAUGAAGAAUCUAUAUUUUCUUA